AUGGAUUCAGCUUCAAUAUAUCCAUUGCUAAUUAACGAUUAUCCACAAAACACCAUUAAUAAAUAUGACCUUUACAAUGCUGUCUAUAAUAUUCGUCAACAAAAUAACCCUGGUGAUUUUGAUGCAUCACAAAUGAUUAAAAAUUUGUUUGAAAAAUAUGCAAAG